AUGGUGAAGCCUUCUCCUGAUCGUUCCGCUAUCGUUCGUCUGCACAAAGCCGGCCGCCCACCCGCCACGAUCGCUAAGCACCUCGGCAUCCACCGCAGCGUCGUGUAUCGCACACUCCAACGUUAUCGAGACCUUGGUGGACUCCAAGACCGCCGAAGAAGUGGAAGACCUCGUACUGCUCGCACGCCGAAGGUCGUCGAGGCCGUCAGAAAGCGGAUAGAGAAACGCGCUCGGAGCAUCUCGACGAUGGCUCGCGACAUGGGAAUCUCGCGGAAGUCAAUGGAAAGGGUCGUCCACGAAGACCUUAAGAUGUACCCCCACCGUACUCGGAAGCUGCUAUGCCUCAACCGCCUCGACAUCACAUGGCUCGAGUCAAGAAGUCCGACAGCUUUUGACUUCUUUGCUACGCGCAACAAAGGGCCACCAUUCGAUCGUCUUUUCGGAUGA